GUGGUAAUACGGUAUAAACAUGGUUUCUGAAAUGUGUAAUAGUAGAAGGGCUACACGUUUCCGCGUGGUUAUGCUGAAAGCGAGCUAGAACACUGUUUAGACAGAUUGCCCGCAGGCCACAUCAUGCUGACCCCAGCAUUUGAGCUCAGCCAGGAGGCAGACUUCCUCCUCUUGAGCAUCCGUGUUCCCUACACCCGGACGUCAGAGUUUGAUCUCUACAUCGACGGAGAGGAUUUCAAGUUCUACGCCAAACCGUACUUCCUCAGGUUGACCCUACCUGGAAGAAUAGUGGAGGAUGGGAGAGAAAAGGCCUCAUUUGAUGUUGACAAAGGCCUUUUCACCCUGCGUGUCCCAAAGGAGACCCCCGGCCAGCACUUUGAAGGGCUACAAAUGUUGACCAGUCUUUUAGCCCCCAAGGGAUCUCGAUCAGCCAAACCCCUAGUGGAGGACAUGGAAGCCUGUAGCGGGAAUGUGGAUGGUGAGGAGGAAGAGGAGGAUGAUGAGGAAGAGUUUGACUGGCAGGUCGAUCAGCAGGUGUACGAAGAGACCUCCGAGGAAGAAAUGAACGCUCACCAGAAAUACGGCUUUGGGAAUCUCAGAUCAGGCGUGUUCACCAGACUGCAGGAUGAGCUGAGUGACGUCGUGGACGUGAAGACGCCUGACGGAGCCACGGCAGCCGAGAGGAGGCGGGAACGUCUUGCCGCGGAGAUCGCCAAGUUUGACCCAGACCAUUAUCUUGCUGACUUGUUUGAAGAUGAUGCAGUCCAGAACCUGCUUAAGUUCUGUCCAUGGUGGUGUGAAUCAAGCCAAGACCCAGGUUUGACCUUCUCAGAAGAGGAGAAGGACCAGCUGAGGAAGUUCACCAACCGAUCGUACCUGCUGGACAGGAAGUCCCGCCUCCAUACAUGGCUCGGCCUGCUGGACAUCAUCCUGGCGUACACGUAUGACGUGCGCACCACCGAGGGCGAGCACAACGUGGAAUCUUCAUGGAACAUCAGGAAACUGAGUGGCACACUCUGCUGGUUAGAGACGUACAGCUCUGUGCAGGAGGUCCUGGUGUCCUUUGGAAGAAGGGUCUUAUGCUACCCGCUGCACAGGCACUUUGGGCUGGUCACCGCCGCCAUCAAAGAUGCCGCGCUGAUUUUGCGCUCAGGGAAGGCUUGCGUCCUGAAGUGCCUGUUAGAUAUUCACAAAAUCUUCAGGGAGAACGAUCCUGCCUACAUCCUGAAUGAUCUCUACAUCACCGACUACUGUGUGUGGAUCCAAAGAGUCAAGACGGGGAAAGUGACGGCGCUGGCAGAGCCCUUGCGGAAGGCGUUCCUCCAGAAAGCUGACCUGGGGCUGCAGCUGCAGGAGCUGGAGGCGGCCGCGGCGCUGGUGGCGGCGGAGGAGGAGGAGGAGCGGGAGGAAGAGGAGGAGGGCCGGAGGAGAGACGGGGGGGCUCGGUGCUCCCACAGCAGGGAGGAAUCCUCCUCCUCCAGCAGCAGCAGCAGCAGCGACUCUGAGGAGAGCCAGGACUCCGGGGCAGAGGAGCAGGGGGGAGGGGCGUCUGCAGCUGGCGGUCCCCUGGGCCCGGCCCCUGCCCCCGGCCCCGCCCCCGCCCCGGCUCUGUCCCGCCCCCCGGCUCCGGAGGCCCGCCCCCCCUCUCACGGCGCCUCGAGGCAGCUCAUCCAGGAGCUGGGAGAGAGAGUGGAGGCGGAGCUGCGGAUCUGGGAGGCGCCCGAGGGCGAGCAUUCCGGCAGCGGCAGAGAGAGAGAGAGCGGCAGGGGCGAGGGAGAGCGCGCCGGCUCUCCGCACACUACCGCAGUGCAGGCGCACGUACACACCUCCUCCUCAGCCCCUUUCUUAGAGGUGUGUCCUCGCAGAAACCCGCUGCUCAUACUGCCCAUCCCCGAAGACGCGGGCGGUGACGGUCGAUUGGAUUGA